AUGGAAUCGAAUCCCUUUGCGUUCCUGGAUCCUUACAUCGACCAGCUGUGUGAGACGCUGGAUGCCGUCGUGGUCAUGCCGGGCAUGCAUGAUCCAUGCACCUUGACACUUCCACAGCAGCCGCUUCUUCGCACGCUACUUCCACGAGCAUCGCAGCGUACAUCGCUGCAUCUGAGUACGAACCCCACGUGGUUCAGCUUGAAUGGCCGCGCCAUCCUUGCGACAAGUGGGCAGAACCUCGACGAUCUUCUCAAGUACAUGCCCGACGAUGCGAAGCGCGACUCUUCAGCUGCACUAGAUAUGGCUGUCGCCACGCUGCGUUGGUCGCACAUGGCGCCAACGGCCCCCGAUACUCUCUGGUGCUAUCCAUUCAAGGCCGCCGAUGCAUUUGUCAUCCGCGCUACUCCCGAUGUAUAUGUGAUCGGAAACCAGGCGGCAUUUGCGACGACCACAUUCCAAGCGUCGCCAACGCACCAAGUUCGCGUCAUUCUCGUGCCGACUUUUGCGAGCACACAUCAGGUGGUCGUUCUCGACACCGAGACGCUCGAACCGCACAUCAUGUCCUUCCACACAUCGUAG